AUGAAGGCAUCGUCCGUUCUCCUCAUCGCCGGUGCCUCUUUCGCCGUCGCCGCCCCUACCGGCGCGAAGGUCGAGUCAAACGGAGAGGCGAGCAUUUCUUUCCUCGAGUCGGUUCAUUACAAAAAAGAGGCAGCACCCGAAGCUGAGCCCGCCAUCAACUUCCUCGAGUCAGUGCAUUAUAAGAAGGAGGCAGCACCUGAAGCUGAGCCCGCCAUCAACUUCCUUGAGUCGGUUCAUUACAAGAAAGAAGCAGCACCUGAAGCUGAGCCCGCCAUCAACUUCCUUGAGUCGGUUCACUACAAAAAGGAGGCGGCCCCUGAAGCUGAGCCCGCCAUCAACUUCCUUGAGUCGGUUCACUACAAAAAGGAGGCGGCCCCUGAAGCUGAGCCCGCCAUCAACUUCCUCGAAUCGGUUCAUUACAAGAAAGAAGCAGCACCUGAAGCUGAGCCUGCAAUCAACUUCCUUGAGUCAGUACACUACAAGAAGGAGGCAGCACCCGAGGCCGAGCCCGCCAUCAACUUCCUUGAGUCGGUUCACUACUGA